UGUCAUCCGGGUCCUUCGCAAGAAUCCUUCUGAGAGGAGGCGGGAAAUGGCGUCCCGAGCAGCUGCAACAGAUUCAUCUACCGACCUGUGACUCACUCUCAACAGAGAACAUUUAAACCGACCGCUUCAGGCGCUGUGGCCACAUCCACAACCACCACUGGAUCGUACAGUUGCGACCCUUGGCAUUCUUACAUGUGACUUUUGGGACAAUGAGGCUGAGAGUGCGUAAGGCAUCUCAGCAGCGGAGCACCACCCUGUCCGCCCAAACCACCAAGACCAAGAGGAAGCACUGCGAGGUGGAAGACACUUUGUCCUCAGAGGACGACAAGAUGCAGAAGCGAGACACAGGCAUUUUCUCCACCAUUAAACGGUUCAUCAGAGGCAAUGCUGUCAAGGUGGAGCAGUGCACUCCUGCUAAGAGGAGCCGUGUGGACUGUGAUUCAGACAGUAAUCUGAUUACAUCCACUCCUACGACUGGGAACCUGCCCAGCAGAGCCAACCCUAGAACCCGCAGGAAAGGUCCUGUCAAUGGAGAUACCAUGACAGGACAAAAUAAACCAGUGAAGCCCAAUGGUAAGCUGGAGGUGCAGACAGAAGUUCCGAACAGUCCACCCCGCACCACCCUCCUGGGAACUAUCUUCUCUCCUGUAUUUAGCUUCUUCUCACCAGCCACUAAAAAUGCUACGGCAGGGUCUGAUUCCCCGGGCCAGGCAGUGGAAGCUGAGGAGAUUGUGAAGCAACUCGAAAUGGAGCAGCUCGAGGAAACCCCUUCAAGCACUACCACCGAUGGCGGAGACCAGACCUUUGACCCUGCGCUAAACCCUAGAUCUCUGCCCUAUGCAGACACAUCAGUAGAGGAAGGGGAGAUCAUCACAGAGGCUGAUAUGCCACCACUAACUGGUUCUAACAGCAGUUACCCAGAUGUCCCGCCAUCGCCUCCUGCAGAGGGAACUUAUGAAGAGGACUGGGAGGUUUUUGACCCUUAUUUCUUCAUCAAACACGUGCCUCCUUUGACUGAGGACCAGCUUACACGUAAACCGGCGCUCCCUCUCAAAACCAGGAGCACACCUGAGUUCUCCCUUGUUCUAGAUCUAGAUGAGACUUUGGUCCACUGCAGCCUAAAUGAAUUGGAGGAUGCAGCCUUGACCUUUCCUGUGCUUUUUCAAGAUGUCAUUUACCAGGUAUAUGUCCGGUUACGGCCAUUCUUUAGGGAAUUCCUUGAACGCAUGUCUCAGAUUUAUGAGAUCAUUCUUUUUACUGCUUCCAAGAAGGUGUAUGCUGACAAGUUGCUGAACAUCCUCGAUCCUAAGAAACAGUUGGUUAGGCAUCGGUUGUUCCGCGAGCACUGUGUCUGCGUCCAAGGCAACUACAUCAAAGACCUUAACAUUCUCGGGAGAGAUCUGUCCAAGACGGUGAUCAUAGACAACUCACCUCAGGCUUUUGCCUACCAGCUUUCCAAUGGGAUCCCCAUUGAGAGUUGGUUUGUGGACAAGAAUGACAAUGAGCUCCUAAAGCUGGUGCCGUUUUUGGAGAAGCUGGUGGAACUGAAUGAGGACGUUCGGCCACAAAUACGAGAGAGGUUUCGCCUGCAUGAUCUCCUACCACCGGAUUGAAGUCUAAAUGAACAUUUCAACCUGACUGUUUUUAAGCAGUGAGAAUUUAAAUCAUGGGGAAGGGAGAAUAUGCCACAAACUAUUGGCCAUAAGGAUUUCAAUCAUUCUUUUAAUUGGGUUGUUUUGGGGUGGGGGUGGGGGGGACUAUGGACAGAUGUUUUAAAAAACAAAUGACUUGAUGUAUGCAUACGUUUUCUAUACACACACAUUUAUGGAACUGAAGGUGAAGCCAAGAAGAUCAUUUUUGACUGGUCAUCCAUCUUGGCUCUGAAACCGGGGAGACAAUAUGGAGUGAAGUUUAUGCCUGAAUUGGACUUUAAUGUAAAGCGCUGUGCAGAAGUCGUCGUACGUCACUCCUUUUGGUGCUCAAAGGGACCCUCUGCCCUUCCAGGCCACUGGCUUACUUCAACGGGAACAACCAGUUAAAUAUAAAUAUAUACAACAUGAAAAUAUACAUUCAACUAUGUGUGUAUAUGUAUAUAUAACAUUUGUACAUAUAUAUUUUUCCUGUCAAGUUUGUAAAACACGACUUGCCCUUUGGUUUUAAUUCAUUAUGCAUUCCUUUUUAGUUAAAGGUCUUUUUCAUAGACAAGCUGGCUUUUUAAUUUUUUUACUCAAGAUUUUAUGUAUAUUUAAUGGCCUAUCUUUUUCGCUUUAGCUUUGGAACUCUUGUAAUCCGGUGAAGUGUAAUCGCGUAUCCAGUCACAUCCCAUGUGGAGCGUAUGGAAAAACAAUAACAAAAUGCUAAAUUGUAAAUCUUCAAUCUUGUUUCUCUUUCUCUGUCUAGUUGUGGCUUUCAGUUACUGACCGCUUAAUCCCAUUUAUUCAUGUCAGUCCUAAUUUGGGGGAAUUUAAAAUUUUCUGUUCUUAGAUUGUUUUUAUAUACUAGUUUAGCUGAAAUGUAAAAUACUCUGUGCUACAAAUGGCUAUUCUGUGGAAAAAUAAUGCUUUGUCUUUUUUCUGAUAUGUCCGUUAAUUGUAGCACAAGCACAUGAACUAGCUUAAAUCACAGCAUAUCUGCAAUAUUCCAUGUUUUUUUUUCCACUUGGUGGUCCUCUCUUGCAAUCCUAUUUGGAAUACUGUUUUAGGAGUUAUCAUGUACAGCUCUACCUACCUCUGAAGGGUAGACCUUCCAUUUCAUUCAGUGUUACCCCAAUGUUUUUUAUUUCAGUGGAUAUUAAUACAUGAUUUUAAUGUACCAGAAGAAUCAGAAUGGGUGUUUUAUCUUUUAUCAUAUUGUCCAUAUUCCCCAAGUAAUGGCAUUAACAAUUUUUAGAAACUAGUGGUUGACUGAUGGCCAAUAUAUACUUAGUAAUACAAUCUAAUGACAACAGAAGUUGUUUGAAAGCAACACUUGUUUUACACAGUAUAUACUGAAAAUCACUAAAUUAGUGGAUAUAUCAGUUGACAAGCCUGUCGGUUGUGAAACUGAGUAACCCAAGCAGACACUGUUAUUGGAUGAUGUAGAGAAUCUCAAAAUAGUCUAAUAUUAAUUGAUAGCCAGGCUGAUAUAUCGGUCCAUCACUAGAAGGGGAAAAUUAGUUUUUAUUGUACUGAGAAUAUUGAAACUCGGACUGAGUUUGAAUGGUAUGGAAUGGCGACGUCACCAUGUUGACAUGGCAGAAUUGAUGGCUAUAAAUUUUAGCCAAGAACAUGUGAUAGCUCUUGUCAUUUAAGUGAACAACAUUUUCUCACAAAUGGUCAAAUCGGCCAAAAAACAAAUUAUUUAUUUUUAUAAGUACAAUAGAUGAAAUAAUUAUUUCAAUAGGAUGGUUGUGUGUAGCAGUUUGGUUUUGACUGAUUGAUGAGGCCUUUUUUUAAAGAGUGGUCAAUUGAAUGUAUUUCAGUGAAGGUUUUAAAGCACACAUGGAGCAACAAAAAAAACAUUCUUAAAGAUCUUUUCAGAAUAUGUUACAUUUUGUAUGUACAUUUUCCUGGAAUGUUAA